AUGGUCAAAAUUGCUGUAGCGCAGAUUCGCUCUGCCGAGUCAAUGGAAAAGAAUCUCUCUAUCAGUAAAGACCUGGUCCGACAAGCUUCGAAAGCGGGUGCGCAAGCUAUAUUCUUCCCCGAAGCGUCCGAUUAUAUAUGCUCGAACACGAAAAGAUCUUUGGAGCUCUGCCAAUCUGUAGAGCAGUCAGUAUUUGUCCAAGGGUUACAAGAACAGGCGAAAGAAUACGUGCUGUCUAUCGCAGUGGGGAUUCAUGAGCCCUCCGCCGAUAUCAAGAGCAAACGCGUGAGAAAUACAUUGAUAUGGAUCAGUGACACGGGUGAAGUUCUGCAUCGUUACCAAAAAGUGCACAUGCUCGAGAUGAAUCUUCUGGAUGGCCCCAAGAUACAAGAAAGCAAUUUCUGCGAGCCUGGCGAGUCCAUACUCCCCCCCUUUGAGACCCCAGUAGGGCAAGCGGGUGCAAUGAUUUGUUUCGAUUUGCGCUUUCCCUCACUGGCACAGAAGCUUGUCAGCAUGGGGGCUGAGGUGCUCAUCUACCCUUCUGCAUUUGUACCUGACACGGGCAAAAUUCACUGGAUUCCACUCCUCCAGGCAAGGGCAAUCGAGUGUCAGGCAUAUGUGAUAGCCCCAGAUCAAGUUGGACAACACAACGAAAAAAGGUCAAGCUAUGGUCACAGCGUUGUCAUCGACCCUUGGGGCCGCAUUAUUGCUCAAUUAGGGAGUGAAGAAAAUGUUCUUCUCUAUGCAGAUAUUGAUCCGGAGCAAAUUAGACUUGCAAGGCAAAGCUUGAGGUUGAGGAAAAGGGAGUAA